AUGUCCGACUCGGCAAGCCAGAACUACUUCACCGCCAAUGUCUUGACCAACACGGGCUACGCUCUGAUCGUCGUCACCUCGGCCACCGUCAUCACCCGCUUCUCCAUCCGCAUAUGGAAGCGCAAGCCUCUCCAGAUCGAGGACCUCUUGGUCGGCGUGGCCUGGGCCUCCUUCCUCGCCCUCACCAUCAGUUACAUUGUCGUCACCCCGCCCAUGUAUCACCUGUAUGCCGUGUCCGCCGGCCGAGCUGAGCAGUACCCGGACAUGAUGGACGACGCCCUCUUCAUCAUCAAAGUCUUUUUCUACAGCACAAUGCUCCUCUGGGUCACGCUCUGGGCCGUCAAGUUCUCUCUGCUUGCCCUCUACCGGCGGCUCAUGAACGGCCUCCGCACGUACGUCGUUCUUUGGUGGAUCUUGGUCGUGUUCUGCGCAGCGACCUUCAUUGGCGCCGUCAUAUCGAACCUGACAUCGUGCAGCAGCAUGCACGCAUGGUUCUCACCCGGUUUGACCUACCGACCAUCCAUCCGCCUGCCCGUCAAGCACACUAGAUUCUGA